UCUGAGUAACCUCAGAUAAAAACAAGUUAGCUGGGAAUGGAGAAUCUGUAAUGAGACAAUAAAUAGCGCACGUUGUGCACUAGCAGCCUCUCAGUUUGCAUGCAGUUCGCCACCACGAAAACAACAAAAGAAAAGAGGACUAAUUAAAUUCGGAUUUCAUAACGACAGUGGGACAGCAUCAUCAUCAUGUGCCUGCCGAAGCGAGUCUCCGGAGCAGCCAUCCAGAGUGUGGCAACAGCCAUAGGAAACCUGUUAUGCUUCAAUUUUGGACUCAUAUUUGGCAUCACGCCCGCUCAUAUGGCGCUCUACGAAUCGGAGAAGUUGACGCCACUCAAUGAGGCGACAGAUCCAACAGGUUCAGCUUUGUUAACUGGUUAUUUAUUUCUAAGUGCUGCUGUUGGCGCCGCUGUCUCUGGCUGGCUGGCAUUACGCAUAGGGCCAAAAUCUGUGCUACUUUGCUGCGGUCUUUUGCAGAUUUUUGGCUGGUUCUGCAUUCACUUUGGAUUCGAUAUCGUUCACAUUUACGCCUCGCGCAUCUUUUGCGGCAUCGCUGCUGGCGGCGCCUUUGUUGUACUGCCCAUUUUCAUUAAUGAGAUUGCCGAGUCGAGGGACAAAGCUGCCCGCUUGACCUUCACCAUCGAACUGUGGCGCACUCUAGGCAUUCUCUUUGGCAUUCUACUGGGCUACUAUGUGCAGUAUCAGUAUGUGAACAUUAUUGGCUGCAUUGCCUCGUGCACGUUCUCGCUGUGCUUCCCCUUUGUGCAGGAGAGUCCGCACUAUUAUCUGCGCAAAGGCAAUGUUCCGUGUCUGGAGAAAUCGCUGCGUUGGUAUCGCGGCAUUCGCGACAUCGAUGAUCGCGAGCAGCCCGAAUAUCUGCAGGAAUUGGCCGAGUUCAAGGCGGAACUCAAGCAACGAAGCGCAGCAAAAAACAGCUCAACGGAAUUAUCGCACAGUUACAUUGUGCGUCUGAUCUUUGUCAGUUUUCUGCUCACCGUUUGCGCCAAGCUGAGCGGCGUCUUUGUCGAGCUGAACUAUGCUGCCGAUUUUCUGGGACGCACUGGUUACUCCAUCGAAGUGAACUACGUGGUGCUGGCCUCAGCUCAGUGUGUGGGCGGCUUGUUCGCCCGCCUCUUUGGUCCCCAACUGCCGCGCAAGCUGUUGCUUUGCCUCUCCUCGCUGCUUGCUGCUGCGGCUGUCAUUGCCCUGGCGCUCUUCAAGCAAUUUGGCCAUAAUUGGGCGUUGGGCGAUUGGUGCACACGGUAUUUACCCAUUGUGCUGCUCGGCCUUCAACUGCUCUUUGUUAGUUUCGGACUCUAUCCGCUUGCCGCUGUCGUCAGCAGCGAAGUAUUGCCCACAAAGCUGCAUGACCUGCUCUACUCGAUAGCCUCGGCCUGCGCCUGGUUGCUGCUCUUUGGCAUGAUUGAGGGCUUCAACGCGGUCAAGACAAGCCUGGGCCCUGGACUAUUGCUCUACCUGUUGGUCUUUGCAGCUGCCUCGAUAUUCGUGGGAUUGAUUUCGUUGCCUCUGUUGCCCGAGACACGCAAUCGUCGUGCUUCGGCCGUGCAACGUGAUUUGGGCUAUGUGGAGCAGGCGGGGCCGGUGGCCAAGACAACCGAUGCGAUGGGCAAUGGACACGUUGCAACGCAUAUCUAGAGCAUUAGUUCGCAAUUAGUAUUAAGUAUGUCGGAAAUAACAUUUAGGCGAAAAGACGA